AUUGAACCACACAGUUUCAACAAUUCCAUCUGUUUACGACACAGAGAGACAAUGGCCAGCUGCGGCGGCUUCGGCAUGGCAACGGCUGCCUCGAGGUUUCUAUUAACUCCCAACGUAACGGCCACUGCAAAGACCAACAUCAACAUGGCCUUUUUCCCUUCCAAAAUCAACAACAACAACAAUUUACGGCUCGUUGUGAGGGCAGCCGAGGAUGCUUCGCCAGCAGAGCCAGCGCCGGCAACCGCCACGGCGGUACCAGAAGGUGGCGAAGCACCUAAGCCCAAGCCACCAUUCAUUGGACCAAAAAGAGGAGCCAAGGUUAGCUUCCACCUCAUAAUGACAACUUUCAUCGCCAACCCAAUUAUUCUUCUCCUUAGGACCAGUAGGGCCAUCCUCUCCGUAAAGCUCAACCGAGAGCUUAUCGAAAAUUUUCUUCACCGAAGACCGAAGCAUCAUCGGUAAUACAUGAACGAUUUU